GCCGUGGACACAACAAUCAACGCACUCAACACAAAGUGUUUUGCGUGAGACGUGGAGUGGCGAGGCAAGGUCAGUUUUGGGUGCAUCUCGAGGGUAUCGUUAAAAUAGCAUUCGCAAAGCGAAACAAUACGACGAGAUGGCUGCCCGUUCGAUUUUAAGGUACCUGAAACCCAAGCCCGUAAUAUUUCAAAGUCAACGAUGUGCCUCUCUAUCCGGCUUCGAUAUCCAGCACAAGACUCCCACCAUCAAGAGGGUGAUGCCCAUACCGAAGGCCCAUUACGGUGGCAGGCAUACCGUUACCAUGCUGCCUGGAGCAGGCAUCGGACCCGAGUUGAUGGGUUAUGUAAAAGAGGUUUUUAAAUACGCUGGCGUACCAGUGGACUUCGAAGAUGUCGAGAUUGAUCCCAACGCGGACGACAACGUCGAUUUAGAUUAUGCAAUUACGUCGAUACGCAGAAACGGAGUGGCUUUGAAGGGAAACAUCGAGACACACAGCACGGAAGCCGGCGUCAUGUCUAGAAAUGUCGCCCUGCGAAACGAGCUCGAUCUUUAUGUGAACGUUCUGCACUGCGUUUCCUAUCCGGGCGUGAACUCACGUCAGAAGAACAUCGAUAUCGUUAUCGUGAGGCAGAACACCGAGGGCGAGUACUCCAUGUUGGAGCACGAGAGUGUCAACGGCGUUAUCGAGAGCAUGAAAGUCAUCACGAACUUCAACUCGGAACGCGUCGCUCGCUACGCGUUCGAGUACGCCAAGAGGAACGGCCGCAAGAAAGUCACGACGGUCCACAAGGCGAACAUUAUGAAGCUGUCGGACGGACUUUUCUUGGAGAUCUCACGGCGAGUUGCCAAGGAUUACCCGGAUAUCAUCCACAAUGAUAUGAUCAUUGACAAUUGUUGCAUGCAGCUCGUGUCGAAUCCGCAUCAAUUCGACAUUGUGCUGACGACCAAUCUGUACGGCGCCAUCGUGUCGAAUGUAGUGUGCGGUCUGUUGGGCGGCGCCGGAUUGUUGGCCGGCAAGAAUUACGGCGGUCACUAUACGAUUUUCGAGCCGGGCACUCGUAACACCGGUACCAGCAUCGCCGGCAAGAACAUCGCGAAUCCAAUCGCGAUGCUGAACGCCGCGGUCGACAUGCUGCGUCAUCUGGGCCACAAACAUCACGCCUCUGUUAUCCAGAACGCGAUCAACAAGACCAUCAAUCAAGGGGUGCACACCCGUGAUCUCGGUGGCACCGCAACGAGCAGAGACGUCGUCGACAAUAUUUUGAAGCACAUAAAAAUCGCGACCGCUUAAAAAGACUGUGACGAUUAGAUCGUUGUUCUAGAAUGAAAUCUCUUGUAGCAGCUGUCCAUGGAAAGUGGCGAAUUCAAAGUACAUAUACCAAGAAUCUUAUGUGAUUUUUAGUGAGAUAACAUAAAAGAAUCAUACGGUAAGCUAGUUAGGACAAUUGCAAAAGGAACGUUCCGACAAUACGCGAUAAAAUGAAAUUUCAUCUAUUCGCUCAAAACUGCAAAAUAUUUCUGUUUCACAAAAAAAAUCUGCUUUCAAAUAAUUGGAUGGAUUUUGGCUUGCUUGGUUUGAAUCACAAAUGUGUUCUGUAAUAUAUUGUUCGAUAAUUGGAAUUUUAUAAAAUAUUCACUGUAUAUUGUAAGUAGUAGCAGUUCCUAUAGAUGAAUUUACCAAAUAUUAUCACUGUGAGAGUAACUUGUAUGAAUUGUAAAAUACUGGUUACACCUUACCAUUACAAGAAUACUCACUAAUGUUUGCGCGAUAAGAAAACGAUCAUAAUUUAUUCUGACAAAUAUUCAUAUUUGCCGCCUUAGUACAAUUUUAUCUAGUUAAAUUAAAACUAUGACAAAAUGUAAAAUUACACUUUAUUGUUAAGAUAAUCGUUGCAUAUUGUAAAGUGUACAUACCGCCACGUUCAUAAAAAUAAAAUGUAUAAAUUUACAUUUCUCUAAA